AUUCUCCAGUCUCAUCGCAUACUGCCAUAGCGCAUUCGAAAUUUGCACGGAACCAACUACAUUGGAUAGAUAUAGCUCCGAUCUGAAACGUCUUUCAAUCCCAAGAAACACAAUGCGCUUCUCUUCAACAGCUGCUUUCUUUGCACUCUCUUCUCUGUGCGCUUCCUACGUGCUGCCUUUCACCCAUCCACAGCAGUCCAACGACAAUUUAAUGCGACGAGAGCUACCAUAUGCCGUGGUCAACGUUGACAGUGAUGACCAGACCACUAGCGGCUCCAGCCCAAGCAGUAGCAACAGCAAUAUAUCUCCAGUCAUUCAGACAGCUGUUAAAACCGUGACUGCGUCGAGUCCUCCAUCCCCGCCAGUGACUGUUACGGUAACUACGACUGCCUUCUCGACUCCUAUCAUUUCGUCAUUUCCGUGCAGCAGCAGUACCCCCGUUUCCAGUCUGAGUUUGCCUCCAUUGAGCAGAGCUGGGACUUUGAUUACUGUGCCUAGCCCUAGUCGCACGGCCUCUUCGGUAUCGGGCCAGACGAGCAGCGGCAGCCUGAGUAGCACUGUUCGUGCAACAUCAACCACGGAUCACCAUUGAUUUACUUCAUCUUCUUAAAUUACAUGAUAUUUAUGGCGAGGACCAGCCUCGAGGAACUUGGACUUGUAUAUGUUUGACGGGAAUUCUACUAGUACGGAGUACUAUGGAGCCUCUAUAAGUGGGUCUGGGGCCUAUAUGCCAUGCAAACCAUGCGAUUCUCUUUACGAUUGAUUACACUUUGGCACGGUCUAAACAAAUAACGAGGAACAUGUGUAACGGGCGUUCUCAAUGGGUAGUUAGUAAUGUUGAUUCUUGUUUAUGUUGUAUCCUCUCGGCACUAAUGUCUGUCCAGCUAGCUUGAUCUAUCAUAGAGACAUAAUAAAUAGAUCCAUCAAUUGCAUUGAAUUGUGA